GCCAAUGCGAACGCUAGCGUCGGAUUUAAAUUCGAAUUUAGAACAAAUGUAAAUAUAAAUAAAACCAAUGUUCUAAAAUUAAUUUUAAAUAAAUGUCAUUCCAUUUAAUUUAAAUGUUCAAAUAUACUUUUUUUUAAAGUAUUCUUAAUUCGAUAUUUGUAAUUUGGAAUUUGCCGGACAGUAUUAAGCGACCUCGUGCAAAAACCUGUUGUUUAGUGUGCAUGUGAGAAUGAAACGCGUGUUUCUAUUCGUACGGGUCUAAAAAAACAACUACAAAAAUGAGUAACCUUUGGAAGAGCCUGAAGGAGUGGUCAGGUGUUUCGCAUGGCCAAGUGGAUACAGAGCUGGUCCGAAGCAGGUACUCUCUAGUAUCCACCGGAGAACUGACUGAGGACACCCUGAGACUCUGGCUUGGACUGCCGGAGGAAGUCCGGUUCGAUCCCGCGCUGGAACCCUUCCGGAAACUUUAUGAAAAGGAACACGGUAAACUAGAUCUUCCUCAAGACAAGAAGCCGGAGAUAACCAAAAGACUGCCACUAGUGAAAUCAGCACCAGUAUUAGAAGGAAACCACGUAGAAGAUGAGGUCUGCGAUGGAGACAGCAAAGAGAUUGAGAAGGAGACCAGAGAAGAGAAGAUCACGGAUAUACCAACAGUCAAGAGCAACCAAUCAAGGCUAUCACAAGGUCGGUACUACACCAAGAUGACCUUACUGCUAGGCUGCUGGCUGUUCUUCACCGUCGUUUUCCUCAUUUACAACGAGAAGGAUGUCGUCGUGAAGAACACUGCUUUGGCUCCCAAGGAAACCAACAACUACACCUUAUCACUAUCACAGAUAGACCAGUCCAUACGAGUGAAGGUGUCUGGACCGUUUCUAUCUGAUCACCGGGAGAUGGUCCACAACUCCACUGAACUGGAUAAACUCCACAAGAUGAAGGUCUGGGUGGAGAACAGUGGAGAACUUCAAGAGGCUUCUCCACCGUGGACGCUGUACCUCCAAAGCGACCUGGACUUCAACGCUGGAGUGCCGCGCUCCACCACAUUCAAGCUACCAGCAUCAAACGGAAGCAUAUACUCCAUUAUAUUCAACUCCACAUCCCCACAGACUAUACCCUUCACUUUUAGUUACAUGUUGAAUCCGCUAGAGGUCAGUACUGGCGUGAUCUAUGCUCUAAUACUGCUAACUGGACUCUACAUUCUCAUUGUGUUUGAGGUGAUAAACAGGACGAUGGCAGCGAUUAUCACCUCGACGACCUCGCUGGCGGUGUUGUCAAUGGCCGGGGAGCGCCCGCCCCUGGAGGAGCUGGUCUCCUGGCUGGACGCGGAGACGCUGCUACUGCUGUUCAGCAUGAUGUUGCUCGUCGCCAUCAUGGCGGAGACCGGGAUAUUUGACUUCCUUGCUGUCUACACUUUCCAGGUAACCAAAGGCAAGCUGUGGCCUCUCAUCUUUCUACUAUGUGGCAUCACAGCAGUCCUGUCCACCUUCCUGGAUAAUGUCACCACUGUCCUGCUGAUGUCCCCGGUCACCAUCAGAUUAUGCGAAGUGAUGGACCUAAACCCGGUCCCCAUUCUGAUGUUCAUGGCAAUCUACAGUAACAUCGGAGGCACUGCCACCCCUGUUGGGGACCCCCCCUGCGUGAUAGUGGCUUCCAACAAAGCUAUACAGGAAGCAGGUAUAAAUUUUACGACGUUCACAGCACACAUGUCGCUUGGCAUCUUGUUGGUGUUCGUUCAGGCCACACUCCAGUUCCGGUUCAUGUUCCGAGACACUAACAAGUUGAGGUUGAACGAGCCUAGAGACGUCCAAGAUCUCCGCAACCAGAUAUCGAUAUGGCGUCGCGCGGCAGACUCGCUGCCCGGCUUGAGCGCGGACGUGGCGGUGGUGAAGGAGCGGCUUGAGAGGAAGAUCAGCAAGCUGCAGGCCAGGCUGCAGACCCUCAUCCGGGAAACCAGCGGCCGAGCCUGCCCCAGCCAACUGUAUACCAGCACGCUACUGGUGCUCAAGGGAAAGUACAAGAUACGAGACAAGGUUCUGCUGGCGAAGGCUGCAGUGGCCAUUACCUUUGUGGUCGUCAUUUUCUUCAUGCACUCCAUACCUGAACUUAACAGAGUGUCCCUGGGAUGGACGGCUCUGCUGGGCGCCAUGCUGCUGCUGAUCCUCGCUGACCGCGAAGACCUGGAGCCGAUACUGCACCGCGUCGAGUGGUCUACGUUACUCUUCUUUGCGGCGCUGUUCGUGCUUAUGGAGGCUCUAUCAAAACUUGGCCUGAUCCUGUACGUCGGAGGUCUGAUGGAGCAGCUUAUCAUGAAGGUGGAUGAGAGUUCCAGGCUAGCUGUGGCCAUCGUGCUUACACUGUGGGUAUCAGGUGUUAUCUCAGCAUUCGUCGACAACAUCCCGCUAACGACGAUGAUGGUGCGAGUGGUGGUAUCGAUGGGCACCAACCCCAAUUUGAACCUUCCGAUGGGGCCGCUGGUGUGGGCGCUGCUGUUCGGGGCUUGUCUUGGAGGUAACGGUACACUAAUCGGCGCGAGCGCAAACGUAGUGUGCGCCGGAGUGGCUGAACAGCACGGCUACAAGUUUACCUUCACGCAGUUCUUCAAAACAGGGUUCCCAGUGAUGGUGGGCCAUCUAGUGGUUGGGACUGUGUAUUUGUUGGUCUGCCAUUGUGUCUUUGCUUGGCAUUGAAAGGAGGAAAAAAAGAUGGGAAAAGAGAGAGAGUAGAAAAUUCUUACUAGGCCGAAACCUGGCGUAAUUUUACGAAAUUAAGCCCGAAGCCAAGACGAGAACGAGGGGGGGGGUGAGGUAAACCUAGCUCAGCCGCUGGUGGGGAGCGGAGAGUUGCCGUUAUAUAUGUUGUAUUUUGUAUUAUUCCUUAAUCUAAGUUAUAGUGUAAAUAGAUCAUCAUCAUCAUCACCAGCCCAUUAACGUCCCCACUGCUGGGGCACGGGCCUUCCCUAUGGAUGGAUAGGGAGAUCGGGCCUUAAACCACCACGCGGGCCCAGUGCGGAUUGGUGGUUAUUAACGACUGCUAAUGCAGCCGGGACCAACGGCUUAACGUGCCUUCCGAAGCACGGAGGAGUUCGAGAUGAAAACUUUUUUUUUUGUAGUCACCCAUCCUAUGACCGGCCUUUGCGAAAGUUGCUUAACUUCAACAAUCGCAGACCGAGCGCGUUAACCGCUGCGCCACCGAGCUCCUCUCUGUGUAAAUAGAUAGAUAGAUAAAAUACUUUAUUGAGCACAAUGGACACAAAAUACAGAGAUAAGGACAACAUAUACAGAAAAGCACAACAGGCGGCCUUAUUGCUCAUGCAGCAAAUACUAAAGUAAUAUUAUAAAUACUUAAAUAAUAUUGUAAUAAUGAAUAAGUACACAUUUAUUGCACUGUCACACCAAGUAGCAACCGAUUGUAUUAAAAGAGAAUUGUAGAUAUCUUGAAGGCAAGUAGACUAAAUCAAGCCCUUGUCUUGUAUAAGUCUUAUAUGUCUCCAAGAUAUCCCUCAAGAUAUCUUGAAGACACAGUUUAGUAAAAGUGGGCACAUACUUUAACUCUUAUACAAGACAGACUUAAGACAACGCUAAGUCAGACUUAAACCCUACUUUAGACAAUGUUCUUGCGUAUUCUAAACUUAGAAUUCUUGUAGUAUCACUUAAUACCAAGAAUGUAUACUUGAAGAUAUCUACAAUACUUAGUUAAGACUAUAGGAUUGAAUUGCACUGAGUCAAUUGUAACUUAACGAAGUAAAACUUCAGGUCAUACUUAAAACGAUUUUUACUUCACGCGUCUUUAUUUUAGAAUAUAAUGGCGAACAUUUACAUUAACACAAGAAAUGAAGUCUGUAAGAAAAUGGCGACUAAAAUACUAGUUGUUAUUUUAACAAAAGGUUAUUCCGCCGUUUCACAUACAGGAAAUUAUAAACGCAUGAUUGUUUCUCGUGUAAAAUCGAUAGAAAGUGUUAAAAAACAGAAGGGCCUUGAAUAUACCAGAAAAAUAAUAAUAAAAUUUGUAUUGAUUAUUCAGCAAAUAAAAAAAAUGGUGACAUAUGGUACAGAGAAAUUCAUUUUCUAUUAAUAUGUGACAGCUGAACGCAGUAAUUGUUACUACAACAGAAAUAUUAUAUUAAUUUACUUCAGUUUUUGACGAUAAUAUUGUCAGAAAAAAUUACUUGUUUUCUUCCUGUAAGUGCAAAAUGGCGUUAAGUAAUAUUUUUCUAAAUGAAGUAAGACUUUAGAAACAAUUGAUUUCGUAAGAAUCAGUUUAGAAAAGUAAAGUCAAGUUGCACUUCAUCAAGUACUAGUUAAGAUAAAUUUUACUUCAAUUGUCUAGGAGUAUACCCACUUAAGACAAAAAGUAUUUAGUGAAUUCCUACUUAAAACUCUUAUAUCUAAAGUUAUCCUCUAUUUUGAUUUAGUGAAGUAAUGUCGUAAAAUCAUGUUUGUUUAUUUUGUGCCAGAGUUAGCUAUGUAACAAGUAACAAUUAAAAUCGAACAAGCUUUUAAAACGUAUGGAAAGUAUAUUUGUUUAAGAGGUAAGUUUUUCGACUCGUGGAAGAUAAACAAUAUUGUUAUGCUAAGUUCUUACUUGGAUAGGAAUGUGAUUUACUUAAUUGUUUAAUAUUUAUCAGAAAUGGAACUAACAAACAUAAACUCAAUUUGCUAAUGAGUCUCCGCGCAUACAUUCUCAUAGGUUACCUACAUGGUUCGCUGACGCAAAGUAGGUACGAUCACCGCGCUUCUAAUUGCCAACGGAAACAAUGUGAUUAUUGUAAAAAUUUACGAGUAUAGUAUACGAAUAUUGUAUAUACGAAGAACCCUUGCAAUUUGAUUAACGUCGUGUGUGUGCGCGGUAGUUUCUAAUCCCACCAAAAACAUUAUUGUUAAUAAAGGCGGCCAAAUUCCCGAUGACUUUUAUCAAGCUAAAAACAUAUUGGAAUCGAAUCUAAUGCUCACUUUAAAUGCAUUUAACCAUACACAAAACUUAAAAUAUAUUUAUGAUUGUGAAUAAAGCUUAGUUAAAAAUAGGUACAUUUUUAAAAUUAUUAAAAGAAAUAAUGAAAGAAGAAAGAAAAGUAUCUAGACACGCGGUAGCGUGUCAAGCCAAGUUCAAGAAAUAGAACUGGCGAGCCGCACCGUGUGUAAUAUUACACGAACCAUCUGGAGCCACUUUUGACCCCCUCAUAAAUCAAAAACUAUUUCACAUAAACGUAUUAAAUUUGGCCCAUAUAUUGAGACUUGCAAGAUACAUAUGUGUUCUAAAUUUCAUAAGCUUAUCUCAAACGGUUAUUUAGAUAUUAAUAUCCAAAAAUCCUCAUUUUUAUCAUUGACUGACUGACCUAUAGAUCAAAACUCUAACCCAGUUGCAGAUGACCUAGAAAGUUAAAAUUUGGUAUGCAGAUAGGUAAUUAGAUGAAUACAAAGGAAAAAAAAAACUACCAACUUUUAAAUAAUUAGAUUCUAUUAUGAACGCUUAACAUAAAUACUUAAUUGUUUUAAGUUUACGCGGUUAUUAUCAUAAUUAAAGCACAUAAUAACGGGUUCUUACCGCGUUUACCAGGGUUGAACGUCAGCCAGCAUUUCUUCCAUAUCUGAAGGGAGUUACUGAUAAGAUAGGAAAUAUUUUAAGUAAAUAUUUAAUAAAAACUAUAUUUACUCCUUCAAAGAAAAUUGCACAGAGUCUACGUUCCCCGAAAGACUGUUUUCCGUUUGAGAGCCCCGGCGUAUACAAAAUAGACUGUACUUGUGGUAGUUCGUACAUCGGACAAACAAAACGGUCUAUUUCUUGCCGGAUUAAAGAACAUAUUAGUGCCAUGAAGAAAAACGACGUGCAGAAAUCUGCUAUAGCUGAGCACGUACUGGAGUCGGGCCCUAACCACUGGAUCGAGUUUAACAAUCCACAAAUAUUAUCGACAGAACGUCAUUACAUCCCCAGACUCGUAAAAGAGGCUAUUGAAAUCAGAAAACAUAAAAAUUUCAACAGGGAAGACGGGUUCAAGUUGUCGAGUAUGUGGAAUCCAGUAGUAGGUGUUGUAAAAAGCUUGAAACGGCCUAAUGUGGUGAAAAAACGUGAGGACACAGUGAGUGCGGUUUGUCGUAGUGAGUUUCGUGCGAGUUCAGAUGGUUCCGAACAUUCCGGUAUCAAAAACAUAAACAAGCGGCAGAGAAAGAGGGUAGACAGAUAUGUCUGCCCGUAGAAAAUUAUGGAUCUACCUACUCCACUCCAAUCUCAUCAGUCAUCCCGUGAUCAUGGCACUUGCAACAGUGUCGAAAUAUCGGGAGUCUCAUAUCCCCAUUUAAACGCGGUAAGAACCCGUUAUUAUGUGUUUUAAUUAUGAUAAUAACCACUUAAACCUAAAUAAUGUAAAAUAACCUAAAACAAUGUAAAAUACUUCUUCAUAUAAAAAUCUCUUUUUUUACAAUGCAGCCUAAGUGUGAGCGAGAUAGAGUGCUUUCUCUUACUCCUUUGCGGCUAACAGUCAGGUAAGGACUUUUCAGGCUUCAAUCACCUGAUUGUCCGAAAAAGUAAAAUGAUUCCAUGCUUCGGAGGGCACGUUAAGCCGUUGAUCCCGGCUAUUAGCUGUAAAAACACCUCCACCAACCCGCAUUGGAGCAGCGUGGUGGAGUAUGCUCCAUACCCCCUCCGGUUGAUUGAGGGGAGGCCUGUGCUCAGCAGUGGGACGUAUAUAGGCUGUUUAUGUAUGUAUGCUCCUAGGUGAUAAACAGGACGAUGGCAGCGAUUAUCACCUCGACGACCUCGCUGGCCAUGGCACUUGCAACAGUGUCGAAAUAUCGGGAGUCUCAUAUCCCCAUUUAAACGCGGUAAGAACCCGUUAUUAUGUGCUUUAAUUAUAAAUACUUAAUUAGUGCCUGUACCUAACUAUAGAUGUAAGAAUCAGUAAGUAAUCAAAACUCAUGACAGCCGGUCUUUUUGUGGUAGGUAUGUAGAUUAACUUAACAUAACAUAUCACGCCUAUAUGCCCUAUCGGGGUAGGCAGAGCACUAAGUGAUCAUGGAACCACUUGAUGCCACAUUCGACAAGUACUAUGAGGGUAGGUAAGCAAGUUGGAACAUGUGUUUAGCGGUGAUAGGUUGUCAGCUUUUCGCCCAUGAUACAACACAACUCUCAUCCAUUUUACUGGCAUAUUUUUUUUAAACUUAACGUGAGUCUUAAACAAGUUUAAUAGGUAUUCAAAUGUUUUAUUUUUAUAAAGUCGACUUUUAGUUUUGAAUUUGUCCUUUUAAAAGGACCCACGCGCUACGAGGAUAUGUACUUACCUACAAAAAGUAAUGAUAUCCAAUCAAAAACAUAAAUGUGAAAUGAGAGCCAAGUUCAAUAUUAUCGUUAGCAAAGUUUGUUAGUUACAAACAAACUCAAUUUGCUAACGAGUCACCGCGCAUACAUUCUCAUAGGUACAUGGUUCGCUGACGCAAAGUUGGUACGAUCACCGCGCUUCUAAUUGCCAACGGAUACAAUGUGAUUUUUGUAAAAAUUAACGAGUAUCCGUUGAAUAUUGUAUACACGAAGAACCCUGCAAUUUGAUUAACGACGUGCGUGUGCACGGUAGUUUCUAAUUCCACCAAAAACAUUAUUGUUAAAAAUGGCGACCAAGUUCCCGAUGACUUUAUCAAGCUAAAAAAAUAUUGGAAGCGAAUCUAAUGCCCACUUUAAAUGCAUUUUACCAUAUACAAAACUAACACACACACAUAGACGUUAACUCAUUGAUGUUGGAUUAAUUUAAAAAUCAUUUAAUUAUCAUUUUGUAUCUAUGUGUAAUUAGACUAAGUUUGUAAUUAUAAAUAAAAAUUUAACUAUACAAAACUUAAAAUAGAUAUGUUUUUGAUUGUCAAUGAAACUUUGUUAAAAAUAGGUACAUUUUUAAAAUUAUUAAAAGAAAGAAUGAAAGAAGAAAGAAAAGUAUUUAUUUAUUAUUAGACUAAUAGGUACCUACUUUUAAAUUUGAACUUAGCAGGUUUUUAAUAUAAAACUCGAUUUUUCAUGAUGUAGUGUUGCCGUGCGCUUAGACUAGGUUAGACUAGUUUAAUCAUUUUUGAGAAGAUUUGUGCGAGACGUAGGUACCCGGGCUGCCACACGCUGUAUCGGAAUUGAAAAACAGGAACUUACGAUUUUUUUGACAAAAUUAAAUGAUUGUGUUAUACUAAUCGAUAGAAAAAAUUGAUAGCAAUGAAGAAGAUAUCGCAUCGCUAACAAAAACAGUAGGAUGUGCAUUAUCACAGGUUAAUUUUCUGUAUUUAAUUUUCUGCCUUCGAAAACCACCAGAUCUUUUUAUUUUUUGAACUUCGUCCUAAGUAUAUCUAGGCAAUUCAUUUUUUACUUUACAAGACUAAACUGAUACUUCAGUAAAUCAAUUUAGUAUUAAGUGAGCCUUCAAAUAAUCUGAGUAAAGUAAAAAUAUACUUUUAGACUUAACAGUAGGCUGAGAUAAGACUAAAUAGUUUUGAGAAUACUUAACUUGGUUUUGUGUAUUCUAAAUUAUCUAAAGUAGGAUUUGUUGAAAACUAUAUAGUAUUAAAGAAGGAAAAGAAUUUAUGAAGUCCUAAUAAGUCCUAUUUGAUUUGGAUAAAUCUCACUUUAGCUAAAGUUUAGACAUAUAUGACUUAAUCACAAUUCUUGUUUGCUACUUGGGAACUUAUUAGAAAAUUAUUUUGUAUUAAAUAAAAAAUGGUUGACAUAAUAAUAAAAAUAAUGUUAUGAUGGUUAAACACUUAAAUACACUACACACUACACACACACUACACACACACACACACACACACACUACACACACACACACACACUACACUUACUUACUAGCAUAGCUCUUAGUGGUAUUUCCAUAAAUAAAUUUUUUCUUUGUUUUU